AUGCCGAGCAGCACAGCCAUGCCGAGCAGCACAGCCAUGCCGAGCAGCACAGCCAUGCAGAGCAGCACAGCCAUGCAGAGCAGCACAGCCAUGCAGAGCAGCACAGCCAUGCCGAGCAGCACAGCCAUGCAGAGCAGCACAGCCAUGCAGAGCAGCACAGCCAUGCAGAGCAGCACAGCCAUGCAGAGCAGCACAGCCAUGCAGAGCAGCACAGCCAUGCUGAGCAGCACAGCCAUGCCGAGCAGCACAGCCAUGCCGAGCAGCACAGCCAUGCCGAGCAGCACAGCCAUGCCGAGCAGCACAGCCAUGCCGAGCAGCACAGCCAUGCCGAGCAGCACAGCCAUGCCGAGCAGCACAGCCAUGCAGAGCAGCACAGCCAUGCAGAGCAGCACAGCCAUGCAGAGCAGCACAGCCAUGCAGAGCAGCACAGCCAUGCAGAGCAGCACAGCCAUGCAGAGCAGCACAGCCAUGCAGAGCAGCACAGCCAGACGCUUCUCCCGGGUGUUUCUCCAGCACUGUCCGCAGCUGCACCAGCAGCAUCUGGAGCGUGCCAACUGGAGUCUCAGCAGCCUCCAUCCCUCGUGGUUCAAGGCUCUAAGGACCCUCACCAUCCACCAUUCCCACUGCACCGCCUCGGAUUUCGAGUUUCUGGCCCAUAUCACACCGCAGCUGCAAGAACUCUCCCUCUACGUUCUCAACCAGGGAGGUUGCACCCUUAACUUUAGCUUCUCCGCUGCUCAAUCCAUCUACCUCGUUUUGGACCGGCACAGGGUGCACCUCAACCUCGCCCUCCCUGCCUCUCUCAAGUCUUUGUCCUUUUCAGCGGAUUCUCUGGAUAUCGAAUGCCGCUCUGACAUGCCACUCUCCCUCGAUUUCCUCAUGCUGAUUGGUCACAAGCGCCUCGUGGUGUCAUCCCUCCCACUAGCAUCAGCCAAAGACGUCUACCUGAACGCACCAAGCAUGCAUGAGGAGUCGUUUGAUCCUCUCACCAACCCCCCUUGCCCCCUUCAGAGUUCUCCCAACCAUCAUUUCACCUCCCGGGAGCUUUAUGCCUCUUCCGUAUCUGAAUCCUCAUUAAUCCGCGUGCUGCAAUCAGUAGCGCCAACAGUGGAGGCACUGAUGGUGCCGCACUCGCUGCCGAUAGAGGCAGUGGAGGGCGAGUGGAGGGAGCUGCACCGCCUCUCAAUCGGCGUGCGUGGGAGCAAGGCGGGCGGGGGAAGGUGCAGGACGACAGUGGAGGCAGCAGAGGCUCGUUCUCUCCUUUUCGCCACGCGCCGCUGCAACUCCGACACUCUCGUGUCCCUGCAAGCGGACUUCCCCUCCCUAGAGAUCUACUGCAUCAUUGGCAGGUCGUUCUACUGGAAGCCCAUUGGGAGCGAGCGGCUCAGCCCAUCGUGUGUGUGA